AUGGAUCUAUACGCUUUCUUGGUGGUUUUCGCACUAGUACUCUUGUUUGUGGUACUAUUGCCGACUGUGUCUGGUAUUGGAAGCUUCAGCGUUAAUAAAAGUGGUAGAAAGGUCACUAGUACCUCAAAGAAGGAGAAGGGCAAGAAACCGUUCAAGUUUGAGUUAAAGAAGGAUGCAGAUGUCGAGCGUACAGAAACUGGACUUUCAACAGCACACAAAACUGGUAAGCUCGAAAUAGACCCUAGAACAGGUCUAAAGAGACGGGUCAUUGGCAAAUACGAUGAGAAUCCUAAUAACUACGAUUAUGACUUGGACGAACUUGUGAAUGAGGAUAGAAUCGAAGAGGAAAAGGCACAGGCUCAACGUUUAAAACAGUUCCAAGGAAGCACGGAGAAGGCAUAUGAAGAACUUGUAUAG